AUGCGGUUAGACGUCAAGCGACAGCUCUUUGCUCGUUCGGAACGAGUGAAGGGCAUCGAUUUCCACAGUACUGAACCAUGGAUCCUAACGACAUUAUACAACGGCCAUGCGCACAUCUGGUCAUACGAAACACAGUCCAUCAUCAAGACCUUCGAACUCACCGACGUGCCUGUCCGGGCUGGACGGUUCAUCGAGAGGAAGAACUGGAUAGUCUGUGGCAGUGAUGACUUUCAGCUUAGAGUGGUCAACUGGAAUACCAGUGAAAAGGUCAAAUCGUUUGAGGCACAUCCAGACUACAUCCGCGCAAUCGUGGUACAUCCAGUUCUCAGCGUGGUCUUGACAGCCUCAGACGACAUGACCAUCCGCAUGUUCGACUGGGAGAAAGACUGGCGCUGCGUGCGUGAAUUUGUGGGCCAUCAACACUAUGUCAUGGGCUUGUCAAUCAACCCGAAGGACACAAACGUCUUUGCGUCAGCAUGUUUGGACCGCACAAUCAAAGUCUGGAGUAUCGACAACGCCACUGCGAAGCAGACAAUAGAGGCCCACGAGAAGGGCGUGAACCAUAUCGACUAUUACCCACACAGCGACAAGCCCUACUUGCUCAGUACGUCAGAUGACAGGACGGUGAAAGUGUGGGACUACACCACAAAGGCCCUCAUCGCAACCCUUGAAGGACACACCAGCAAUGUCAGCUUCGCUUGCUACCACCCCGAACUGCCGGUCAUAAUCUCCGGCUCAGAAGAUGGCACGGUCAAGAUCUGGCAUGCUAAUACAUAUCGGUUAGAGCAAUCGCUCAGCUAUGGUCUGGAGAGAGCAUGGUGUGUUUCAUACCAGAGAGGCAAACAAGGCGUAGCGAUGGGCUUUGAUGAUGGUGCCGUGGUUGUCAAGAUGGGCAGAGAGGAGCCGGCUGUGUCUAUGGACGGGACAGGCAAGCUCGUCUGGGCACGCCACAACGAGGUGGUGUCUGCAAUCGUAAAAGGCGCUGAUGCGUCUAUCAAAGAUGGCGCACCUAUUGCUCUCCCGAGCAAGGAGAUGGGCACCACUGAAAUUUAUCCGACAACUUUGACACAUUCGCCCAAUGGCCGCUUCGUCAGUGUCUGCGGCGACGGAGAGUUCAUCAUCUACACAGCUCUUGCGUGGAGAAAUCAAGCCUUCGGCUCAGCACUGGACUUCGCAUGGGCAUCACAUCAAAAUCCCACAGAUUAUGCGAUACGAGAAUCCAGCACCAGUGUCAAACUAUUCAAGAAGCUCAAAGAAAGCGGCGCCCUUGAUGUCGGUUUCCAAGCGGAAGGACUUGCUGGCGGCACGUUGCUCGGCGUGAAAGGCCAGGGAGGCAUCGGCAUGUUCGAUUGGGAAACAGGCACCCUGGUCCGACGGAUCGAGGUCGAGCCGAGAGAAGUAUACUGGUCCGAAUCUGGCGAACUCGUGGCUCUCGCAUGUGCCGACACAACCUACGUCCUCCGCUUCGACCGCGAAGCCUACCUCGAUGGCCUGAACUCCGGCCAAGUAGACGAGGACGGCGUUGAAGCAGCGUUUUCCGUUGUCACCGAUCUCCAGGAGUCCGUCAGGUCGGGCGAAUGGGUCGGCGAUGCAUUCCUCUUCACUACGACAACUCGGCUCAGCUACUUACUGGGCGAACAAGUCGUGCACAUUGCACAAUUCGACCAGCCUAUGUACCUAUUACGGUACCUCCAGCGAGACGAAAGAGUCUAUCUGUGCGACAAGGACGUCGGCGUGGUUUCCUACCGUCUCUCCACCGCGCUUCUAUCCUACCAAACCCUCGUCUUGCGAGGCGACCUCGACUCUGCACAAGAGCUUCUACCUGAAAUUCCAGCCGACCAGAUGAACAAGAUCGCGCGGUUCCUCGAAGCGCAGGGCCACAAGGAUCUCGCGCUUGAGGUUGCAACAGAUCCGGAACAUCGGUUUGAGCUCGCGUUGGGGCUGAAUAAUUUGCAAGUCGCUCUGAGUAUUGCGCGGGAGUCAGAGUCGCCAGCGAGAUGGGCGAACGUGGCUGACAAGGCGCUGGAGGCAUGGGACGUCAAGCUUGCGGAGGAGUGUUUCGUGCAUGCCAAAGACCUCGGUUCUUUGCUCCUGCUGUACUCCAGUAGCGGCAACAAAGAGGGCCUCCUACGCCUCGCGUCGCAAGCCGAAGAAAGCGGUGCGAAUAACGUUGCAUUUGCGGCGUUGUGGAGCACAGGCGAUGUGGCGAGAUGUGUUGAUCUGCUAAAGAGAACUGGACGCCUCAGUGAAGCCGUGCUGUUCAGCCAGACGUAUCAGCCCUCGCUCACCAAGGCUCUGGCGCUCGAGUGGAAGGACGGGCUGGAGAAACAGGGUAAGGGCAAAGUGGCGCGAUUGCUGGCGGUUCCAGGUCAGGAAGGCGACGAGGAGUUAUUCCCCGAGUGGGAUGAAUAUCUUCGAUUGGAGGAGGAGCGGGCGAGUGCAAUCCCGGCGAGUGCGAAGGCUGAUUUGAUCGACGUCAAUGGCGACGCGGACGAGGGAGAUGAGACAGCCGAGGCGGACACGAAUGGUGCAACUGCGGAGGAGGGCGAUGCAGAAGUUGAGGCUGCCGCGUAG